UGUGCACUGUCGAAAUAUUUACUCCAAAACAACGCAGACAGAAAGGAUCUUGUGGCAAAACUUAAAAGUCUGGAAACCAACAUGAGUGCUGGACGAAAAUAGUGUAGGUGGCGAUACUUGGUUCACAACAGAACUACUAACUUACACCGAAGCGGAACAUUGGCUCGACAAGGAGGAUCAUCUCUUUUGGAGACUAAUGCAGAUGGUGUCCAUCCAUCUCUGUGGUGAAAUGGAGACAGAGCCAUGUUGUGAAGAGCAUAAAGACCCUGCAGUGGAGCCUACAGAGCCUGAGGUUGGAGAGGUCAUUUCUGAGUCUGCUGACAAGGACAGUCACACUGAGCUGCCCCGUGGGCCUGCAGAGGAAGGCGGGGAGCUGCAAAGGAAAGAGCAGGCUGAAACGGAGAGCUAUGCAGGAGCGAGUAAAAGCGCCGAGAUAAAAAGCCCCUCUGAUCCCGAGCGGGAAGGUGGAGAGACAGAAUGCAAAGAACAGAGGAAAUUGAAAAAAACGAACAGCUGGAAGAUGGUAAGGUUUCAAGACCCGUCAGCAGACGAUGAUGUGUUGGAGAGGGACAGCUCAGCAGAGAGUCUGUUUCCAGAAUAUGCGAUGGAAGAGUGGACUUCCUCAACCUUUGAGGAGCUGUUCAUGGCAGAAAACUGGCACAACAUCACAGAGGACCGGCUGUUGAGGAAGAAGGUGCUGGAGCCUGGGGUCCCGCUAGCCCCUUGCCCCACCUGGGGCCAGGAGGUUACUGUGAAGAUGCAGUGUGUCCUGGAGGACCGCACUGUGGUGGAGAAGGACUGCAAGCUUGUCUUUGUUAUCAGAGAGGGAGACGUAAACCAGGCCCUGGAGGAGUGUGUCAUAUCCAUGCAGAUGGGCGAGAUCACGUUACUGCUGGCAGAUUCACAGUAUGCUUAUGGACUUUUGGGAAGAGAGCCUGAUAUUCCAGCCUGGGCUCCUUUACUCUACCAGCUGCAGCUGCUGGACAUCAGAGAGAAGCCAGACCCAUUAACUCUGCCCAUCGCAGACCGCAUCCGCAUUGGCAACCAGAAACGAGAGCGAGGAAACUUUCAUUUCCAGAGAGAGGAGUACAGCAUGGCUGCCAGAGCCUAUUGUAUGGCUCUGGAUGUGCUAACCACACGGAGUCGAGAUGGUAGCGACGGUGGUGUGGAUGCAGAGGAGGAAGAGGUGCGAGACUACCGGGUUAAGUGUUUGAACAACAUGGCUGCCUCUCAGCUCAAACUGGAGCAGUACGAUGAGGCGCUGCACACCAGCCGGGACGUUCUGACCCUUGAGCCAAACAACGUCAAGGCCCUUUUCAGAACGGGAAAGCUCCUGUCAGACAAGGGUGAAUACAAAGAGGCAAUGGAGGUGCUAAAAAAGGCCUUGAAACUGGAGCCGGCCACCAAGGCAAUCCAUGUGGAGUUAUCUAAACUCGUCAAAAGGCAAUCAGGAGGCCAAGACACCCAGGAAUGGAGAGCCAAACCUGCGGAGAUGCUUGGAGAAAAUAUUACACCUUUUCUGAUUCCUGUGAAGAAGAAACCAUCUGGAAUUUCCUGGAAGUUUAUACUUGGAGCUCUGGUGGUGGCCUUGGGAAGCUUAGUGACGUCUGUGAUUUUCACUGCAAGACACUGAAUCUUCUGCUGGCAGCACUUUGAAAAUCCUCCUCCUCAUCAUCAUCAUCAUAAUCAUAAUCAUCAUCAUCUGAAGGAGUAGAGUUUGGUUUCCAGUCCUCUAGUCAGUUCAUUUGAAAAUGAUUUUCUACUGUGAAGACAUGAGAAGGUACGCACCGCAGCAGC